GGCACUGAGUUGGGGAAAGGACAUAGUCGCCAUGUCUGGCAGUGGCCCAGGAUCAUGCAGACGAUCAUUAUUACACCAUACGUGCAUAACAUGAUUUAUCAUGUCCCACAAAUGAUGAAAAAGCAUGGCAGUCUGAGGAAGUUUAGUGGAAAAGGUAUUUUUAUCAAUUUAUAUGAGCAAGUGCAUGGAACACGGGAAAUUGAAUCACCUGCUCUUCCAUGACAUACGAUACAAAUGAAUACAUAUUUCCCAAAGUCUUGGUUCUGAAAACUCUGUUUAUUCAAACUUUCUCCCCACAAUACAAUACAAAUACCCUUUUGGUGAAUUUGCGUCCUUUCAUUUAUUUUGAGGUGUAGAGACGAAAAAUGAUGACCCGCGUCGGUAUUUUCAGCGAAAGAGCAAUCGCUGGGAUGCAGUCACCAACCUUCUCGUAGCUGAAAAACUCCAGAAAGAAGUACUAGGACAAGAAUGGGUGAAACGAGGGUACGAAAGAAAGGGAUGAAGCGAAGCAAGUGACAAGAAUUUGAACAGCACCACCAGUUCAAGUUAACAUGGAACCCCUAAUCAUUUGACGAUAGUGGUUCUGAGAAAAAAUGCAGAUUUCAGAACUUCUUGCUCUCGAAACUGCAAAGACGGGAGGGGUAUUUAACACAAAACAAGAAAGCAAGUGUUAAUAGAUACUGCGAAAGGUUUGAACCCAGGAGUCAUUUCAAAAGUAGGUUGAGUUUGACUGUCCGGGUGAACGUAGUCCUGAAUAGUGUAGUGUGAACGUAGUUCUGAAUGUUAAUAGACACAUUACUCUUAUCUCGGGGAAACUAGUACACCUUACUCUUACUAGUAAGUUAAACAUAGCGAGAACAAAAUUCUCAAAUCUGAUUGGCUAUUAAAUGGCCUGUUUUCAGCAAGAAUAGGACAGUAUGAAAUCGUUAUUAAAGGGGCAGGUAUCACUUGAACGACGCACACGUCCCCGCAUGUACUAAGGAUAGAUUAUAUAGACUUGAUUGAAAAUUAAUAGGUUAAGUAACUAUUUCAAAAAAUUGUUAUUUAAGGGGUGGGUGUCACUUGGACGAGCUACACGUCCCCGCGUGUACUAGGUAAAGUGCCCUUAAAAAUUAUUACAGACAAGGUAUUAAGCUAAUCUUUCGCAUCUACAGAGAACUUCCUAAUUUCACGCGCCCGCUCUAUAAGGAAUUUGUGAACACAGCAAAAAAAUUUUGGUUUGUUUUCUAAGGUCAGAUACGGUCAGACUUUCGGAUUCCACUCCAGAAACAUUUAACGAAUGAAAUGAACCUGAAUUAGAUCGAAGUUUGAAACAGUUUGAAAUCACUAUGUAAGAGUCGUUUUUGGUUCGUUGUCAUCCAAAAAUUUUGCUGCCAUAGCAACAUGACGACUUCUCCUCUCCAGUACGGCCUUUGUGAGGGUACAGCAAGACACGCCAGACUAUGUACUACGCUUUACGCUACUACGGCCUGUGUAUAAAUAAUAUUGAUUUUCUUUUUGUAUAGUAAUAGUCGUCAUACAGUGUACUACGCUACUACGGCCUACUUGUACUUAAUAUUUACUUCGGUUUAUAUAGUAAGACUUGUGAUACCUUGUACUGUGUUACUACGCUGCUACAGCCUAGUUGUAAAGAAUAUCUUGACUUCUGUGUUUUUAUGGUAAUAGUCGUCAUACAGAUUACUACACUACUGCGCUGAUACGGCCUCCUUGUACUUAAGAUUUACUUCGGUUUAGAUAGUAAGACUUGUGAUACCUUGUACCAAGCUACUAUGCUACUACGCUACUACGGCCUGGUUGUAAAGAAUAUUGACUUCUGUUUUUUUUUUUUAUGGUUAUAGCCGUCAUACAGUGUACUACGCUACUACGCUAGUACAGCCUCCUUGUACUUAACAUUUACUUCGGUUUAUAUGUAGUAAGACUUGAUACCGUGUACUACGCUACUACGGCCUACCUGUAGGAAUAUUGACUUUCUUUUUUGUAUAAUUGUAAGACUUGUCAUACAGUGUACUACGCUACUACGCUAGUACAGUCUACUUGUACUUAAGAUUUACUUCGGCUUAUAAAGUAAGACUUGUGAUACCGUUUCCUACGCUACUGCGCUACCACGGCCUACUUGUACUGAAGAUUUACUUCGGUUUAUAUGUAGUAAGACUUGAUACCGUGUACUACGCUACUACGGCCUACCUGUAAGGAAUAUUGACUUUCUUUUUUGUAUAAUUGUAAGACUUGUCAUACAGUGUACUACGCUACUACGCUAGUACGGCCUAGUUGUACUUAAGAUUUACUCAUGAACUAGAUGUUAGUGAAAAGCUAUUAUAACUGUUUUCUGUUAGUAACAAAACUUUCUUUGCUUUUGGACAAUAAUUAGGCAACAACAGUAUCUGUUGAGGAAAAGGUCUUACAAGGCUUACAAGGCUUAAAAAGGCUACUGGCUAAGUUUACUGUAAUGGGAAGUAUAAAAGACGCAGCAAACAGUAGUUACAAAAUGCAUAUCAGUGCUCAUAAAUUCUUUUCAUUUAACGCAAUAGUUUGUUACGAACUGCAAAGAACGAUUACGCAUAAAACUACGCCACUACGCGUAGUACGGAUAUUUUUUCAAAUUGUUGCUCAUAUUUCUCGCCGGGUAUUGUUUUGGCAAUGCACCGCGAGGUGGCCUGAAGCCAAAGUAAUCACGAAAUUUUUUCCCAUCUGACAAUGACUCAAAUGCCUCCCUCCUUGGUUGUGACUUAUAAAAAAUGAUUUUCUUUUUGCAGGCUAUGGUAACAUUGUCCCAAUAACAGUUCAAGGGCGUCUGUUUUGCGUGCUAUACGCACUUAUUGGAAUGCCUGGAACAUGCUUGACUCGUAAAUCCAUCGGAGAUAAAAUAACGGAACUAUUUCCAAAAUUAAUUACAAACAGAUUACUUCGAGAAACGCGUUUUGAAAAGAUCACAUCUGACUGAAAAAGUGGAGCUAAAAGUUACGUUGACAACGAUUGUGGUAAAUGUGGUUUGCCUACUAUCAUUAAUGGCUCUCUUGCAUGGUUUACGUGAGACACAAGGAAUGGUCAUAUAUCAAGUGUUUUCAAUUUACUUUCACGACUUUGAGUACAAUUGGUUUGGGUGA